AUGGUUUAUUUACGAUUUCAUUUGCUUAUAUUAGUACCUUUCUGGUCGUUGAUCACGGCUAUUUUAUUUGUUCUCAUGUUUUUCUCUCAAAUAAUAUCGUCAUCGAAAUUCGACCAUCAACCAUUGACUAUUGUCAAAUCUAUUGAUGAUUAUUUUUGUCAGAAUUAUGUAUUAACUUGUUUUUUUCGUCAGCGAUACCAUCAAUCGAUUGUUCAACAACAAGAUAAUGUUUGUAAAUCGUUUCUAAUUCUACGUUCAUGUCUUUACAAUGACAAUGAUUCAAUACGUAUGUGUCAUCAAACUACACUUAACAGAGUUAAAUCAGUUCUUACUAAUGAAACCCCGAUGUAUUGUUUAACUUCAUCGUUAUAUAAAAAUCUUCAAAUACAAAAUCUACGCUCGAGAGCAACAUUACCUAAAACAGCUGUACAUUGGCAAAUAUUUGUGUUAUUGUUUAUUAUUCAUUUCUAUUUAUAA